CGUUGACUUCAAAUUCAAAGUAAUUCCCACUUUUUGUAAACCUUCAAACCCUCAUUCAUUUUAUUAAAUUCAUUUUAUUCGAAAUGGCAAAUAAAUUUCUUUCUUUUGGCGAAGGCAUUGAAUUUGUCCUAAAAGCUAUAUCAAUUGACUCGGAGCAACGACAAAUUUACCAUGAAGAUGCUCAAAUAAUUGAGAAUGAAUUUAUUAAUGCUAUCUCAAAACAUGAUAAAACUUUCCGAAAGGCAUUCAAAGGUCUCGCUUUGACAGGAAGCACCUUGGACAAAAUCAAAAUCGAACUCCCGGACGAGUUCACUAUGUUGACAAAGACAGAGCUACCGUGCAUUGUGGAGCCGGUGGUCUUUGAAAAACAUCCAUCCUUCGUUGCUCUAUGUCUCAGUGGUCCCGAUGUGCCCGAAAAUCUUGUGGAACUCCAUAAUGGAGAGAAGUUUCUGAGCCGCCUAAAACUUCACAAUUGGUAUUGUGAAAACAUUAAGGAUGUAAUUCCUGAGCUGGAUAAUAUCCAAUGUGGAAAAAAUGCCUAUAAGUUAGAGUACACAGGUCAUGGCUAUGCAGUAGCUCAUACUCUAGUGGCCACCUGCAUUGGUAAUAGUAAACGCCAGAUUUACUUUGAUUUUGUGCCAGCCUUUGAAUUUGAUGCCAGUGCAUGGCACAAUGGCAUGAAAAAGGCUCGCAAUAAUAAUAAUGGCUCGUGGUUUGCUGUACCCCGCAAGUUCACCAAACCGGGCGCUGCGGAUGACCCACUUUCGUUUAUGGUUUGUGCACCUUACUGGGAGCGUAUGGUUUUGCAGGACAAGCAAAACCUAAAGGAUUCCCUGCGUCUAAUGAAAGCAAUGCGAAAUGCCAAUGGAAUGGAUCGUUUGAUCAGUUACAUGAUCAAGAGCAUCUUUAUGAAUAGAGUUAAUACAGAUGACGAAAUGUACAACUGGAAUAAGUCGCCAGGAAAUAUUCUCAUUAGUGUCACCAAAUCAAUGCAAAAGUGUCUGACUCGGGGAUUUCUCCCAUUUUAUUUGGUGCCUGAUUACAAUGUAUUUGAUACCUUAUGUGAGUCGGAGCAGGACAAUUAUAAAAGGAUGUUUGGCAGACUCAGGCGCCGACUUCAAAAGUGUCACAAAAAGGAUUGCUUGAGUCCUAAGGAUAUGGAAUUCCUUUUUGGACGAAGUUAUUAACAUCAGUCUAGAAAAUGUCUUUUGAAUUAAUGUUUUUUUUAAUAUUGUUCAACAAUCCUUAUGCACAUUAAAAUGUCCUCAAAUAUUUUCUAUA